GUAGAGAACCACGCAGUUGAGUCAUGCGCAAUUCUAACGUGUUGGUUGGAGUAACGUUACAUUACUAACUUAUAUAUUUGUGAGUUUGUAACUUUCAAAUUAAUCGUAGAUAAAUACAGAAUAACACGCAGAUACCAAAAGGACACGUCAUGGACAGUUUGACUCGUGCUAACAGUUUGUUCGCGCUGGAUCUCUAUCGGGCUCUGAGCGCGAGCAGCAGCGCGGAUGGAAACAUGUUCUUCUCUCCUCUGAGCAUCAGCGCAGCGCUUGGCAUGAUUUAUUUGGGGGCCCGAGGAGACACAGCUAAAGAAAUCGCAAAGGUUUUGUCCUUUACAUCUGUCUCUGAUGUUCACUCCCAUUUUGAGUCCCUCACCUCAGCUAUCAAUAAUCCAUCAGCAUCUUACACACUCAGUCUGGCCAACCGCCUCUAUGGAGAGAAAACCUUCAGCUUCUUACAUGAGUAUUUGGACUCCACCCUGAAGAUGUACCAUGCUGAACUGCAGCCGGUGGACUUCACUGGCGCAUCUGAACAAUGUAGACAGAUCAUUAACAAAUGGGUUGAAGAGCAGACCAAGAAUAAAAUCAAAGAUCUUCUGAAGCCUGGUAUGGUGACAGGAAUGACCCGUCUUGCUGUGGUUAAUGCCAUCUACUUCAAAGGAAACUGGAUGCACAUAUUUGAUCCUCAACAAACUAAAGAAAUGCCUUUUAAAAUAAGCAAGAAUCAAAGCAAACCCGUAGAAAUGAUGUACCAGGAAGAUGAGAUUCCUUUUAGAAAAAUUCCUGAAGAGAAACUGCAGGUUCUGGAGCUACCGUAUGUCCAGAAUGAGCUCAGUAUGUUGAUCCUUCUUCCUGAGGAAACCCAGGAUGGCUCAGACCCUCUUCUAAAGCUGGAGAGCGAGUUGACCAUUGACAAGCUGCUUGAGUGGACCAAAAGUGAAAAAAUGGUGAGAAGGACGGAUAUCAACGUUUAUUUGCCCAAGUUUAAGCUGGAGAUUGAGAGCUCCCUUUCAGAUAUACUGGAGGGGAUGGGUAUGACCUCUUUGUUCCAGGGGUCUAAGGCUGAUCUAACAGGUAUGAGCAGUCAGGGGGGCCUGUUUCUUUCAUCAGUGACCCACAAAGCUUUUGUUGAGGUCAAUGAGAAAGGCACUGAGGCAGCAGCAGCAACUGCAGGCAUCAUGCUUUGUUGUUUAAGUGAACCAAAAUAUUUUAAAGCAGACCACCCCUUCCUGUUCUUCAUUAGGCACAACCCUACUAACAGCAUUCUCUUCAUUGGCAGAUUCAGAGACCCAACUUAGAAAUGUGAUGUUUCUAAGCCUUCAAAAAGAUGCUUUAUUGAGUGUAAUGCUUUAGACCAUGUCAUCAUUCAUAACGAUUUUAAUGUAAGGGUUGUUAAGAGACCAUUGUUAAGUAUAUUAUUCUGGUCAUACAUGUGCUUUACUAUCACUUACUAUUCAUAUUUAUGAAUAUAGUAAAUUUAUGAAUAGCUUUUUGCAUUCGAGUUAUCUCUACCAAUGAAGCAAGUUUGAAUUCUACUUACCUAUAUGAUGCACACGCUGUUAAAUAAAUAUUUAACAGGUAAAAUGGUCAUUUUUUUGCAGAUUUUUUUGUGUGAGACUUCAGCUCUGAGUUAAUAGCAGUCCAUUCACAUUUACUUUUCCUAUGUACUUCACAGUUACAAUUUAUUGAUUAAAGUUUGGUUAAACAUUUGCAGGCUUUAUUUAAGGGUUUUAUAUGUUUUUAUUUUAACACAUUAAAUUACAUUUUACACAUAA